ACAUGAGGGGAGUAAUAAAUGACAUUAUUUUCAUUUUUGGGUGAACUAACCCUUUAAGAAGCACAAUCGUUUUAAAUUUAUAAUAAAGGUUCACGCGUGACUGUUUUACUGUAUUUCAAAAACAAUAAAAAAAAAUCUAACCAACCCAAACUUUUGUACUUGUGUAAUGACUUCCUCUCUUUAUUGUGUGUGUGUGCGUGCGCGCGCGCCUUCUUCUCGAGUGCGGAUUUGCUGGUCGGGCGCAUGCCUCCCUCUGCCUGGCUCCUUAUAGUGCCGGGCGGGAGGCAGGAAUUCUGACCGAGUGGUACGGACAUCGCCGCCAGAGACCACAAACACGGAGCUCUCUCUUUAAACAAGGUCUCAUGAUCGACAACUCUUUCAAUCAGUUAUCCUGGCGUGGAGGAUCAGGGCGAACGCACGUUCUCCUACAAUUAAAGCAAAGCGCGUGAGUGACAGUGACAGUGGAGCUGAACAUCAGUAGAAGAACCGGAGCAGCUGACACUCAAGGAAUCUACAGAGGACGAGCCGGCAUAUUUUGACCUGUUGAUCAUGCAUCAGCUGUCUGUGACUUCCCUGUUGGUCUGUCUGUGGCUGGUGGAGCGCUGCCAUGGCAACAGUAGCUUGGGCAACAGCCUCAAUGAUCUACACACGCAGUUUGGCGUCAGCCUCUACCAAACACUCACAGAGACAGAGAACAACUCCAAUCUGAUCGUGUCUCCAGCCAGCGUCUCAUUGUGUCUGGGUCUUCUGCAGCUAGGUGCCAGGGGGAACACUUUAGCACAGCUUGAGGGAACUCUGGGAUAUGAUGUCAAUGAUGCUCGUGUACAGGACAUUUUGUCUCGGCCACAAGGGGAUCUGGGCAAUUCCAGUGAGGGGGUGCGGCUUCAGCUUGCCAAUGCCUUAUUUGUCCAGAGUGGUGUGAAACUCCUGCCAGAAUUUAUCCAGCAUGCCUUGGGAUGGGGUAACAGUAGUCUACUGAGUGUGAACUUCAGUAAUCCCAACCACACUCAUAGUCGGCUACAGCAGUGGGCACGUUACCAGAGUAAAGCGGUUGACCAUCUCCAGACAAGAGAGGAGCAGCUUCAGUCCAGCGAGGUCCAGGAGGAAUCCUCCGGGCGAGACAGUUUGCUGCACAUAGCUCUUCUGAGCACGGUGGUGUUCCAUGGUGCCUGGCAGAAACAAUUUCUCUUCACUGAGACUCAGAACCUGCCCUUCACCCUCUCAGACGGCAGCACAGUCAAAGUGCCGAUGAUGUACCAGUCAACCGAAGUCAGUUUUGGGCAUUUCCGACUGCCUUCAGAGCAGGAAUACUCUGUGCUGGAGCUGCCAUACCUGGAUCGUUCACUCAGGCUACUGGUGGCGUUACCUGGUGACCGGAAAACCCCUCUAUCACAGCUGGAAAAGCAGCUCACAGCCCGUGCUGUGGGACUGUGGGAUACUGGAUUAAGACGCACUAAGAUGGAUAUAUUUAUGCCUAGGUUUAAGAUGCAGAGCAGGUUCAAUCUGAAGCCUGUUCUACAAUCUCUCGGUAUCUCUGAUGUCUUCAGUCCCUCAGCUGCUGAUUUCAGAGGCAUCUCUGAUGGGGAAGGGCUUUUUGUAUCAGAGGCUUUCCAUGAGGCAAGAAUAGAGGUGACAGAGGAAGGGACAAAAGCAGCUUCAGCUACAGCAAUGGUGCUAUUGAAACGAUCCCGUUCAGCAGUGUUUAAAGCAGAUCGACCAUUUCUAUUUAUCUUGCGACAAAUUAAUACAGGUUCGUUGCUGUUUAUAGGUCGAGUUCUGAAUCCAGCUGAGAUGUUUUGAGAAGAUCCAUGCAAUCACAACUGCUUCAUGAACUUUAUGAACACACACAGAGAGGACACUUGGCAAAAUCAUACAAAUGUAUAUUAACUCCACACACCCCUCCUCCCUCAUGGUUGGGGGGGGGUCAGAGGAAUAUUUGAGGACCGUUAGGAGGGUCCACUGACACUUCAGGAAGAGGGACGAGACUUUUGUACAUAUCUGUAAAUAAAAUUUUAUUACAUCAGGGUUUUUUGCACAUCA